GCAGUUCCUUGCAGACGGAAGCGGCCGUGGAGGGGAAGGUGGCGGUUCCCCCUGAGGAGGGUGUUUGUCUUUAAAGCUGACGCUCCCCGUCCCCCUCCCCGCAGGGAAGGCUGAGGGCGCUGCCGGCGCUGGAGUCCUUGUUGGGGUCCCCGCCCCGGAGCCUCUCUCAGCGGUCCUUCUGACUGUGAGUGUCGCGUGAGCUGAUUGAGACGCUGUGCUGACGUCUUUGAAGGCACAUUCUGUGACUCCUCAACAUACCCUCGCCUGAGAAGACAACCCAGACCCUGAUCAGGACCAGGACCAAAUGGCUGCUUGUCAGGGACAGUUGUCCUUCAGGGAUGUGGCCAUAGAUUUCUCUCAGGAGGAGUGGGAAUGCCUGGGCCCAGUUCAACAGAAAUUGUACCUGGAUGUGAUGUUGGAGAACUACAGCAACCUGGUGUCCCUGGCUACCUUAUCUGAAGACAAACAGGCCAUGCUACAAAAGGCAGAAAUGGAAGAUUUAUUCCCUAAAAUAAUACUGAGAGAGCAUACCGGAGCGAAGCCUUAUAAAUGUGGAGAAUGUGGCAAAGGAUUCAGUAAUACCUCAAGUUUUAAUCGCCAUCAGAGAGUUCAUACUGGAGAAAAGCCCCAUAAAUGUAGAGAAUGUGGCAAAGCCUUCCGUACCGCAACAAACCUUACUUGUCAUCAGAGAGUUCAUACUGGAGAGAAGCCCUACAAAUGUAGAGAAUGUGGCAAAGCCUUUAGCAGGUCCUCAUCUCUUACUUAUCAUCAGAGAGUUCAUACUGGAGAGAAGCCUUUUAAAUGUGCAGAUUGUGGCAAAACUUUCCGUGUAGCAUCAGACCUUACUUAUCAUCAGAAAGUUCAUACUGUAGACAAUCCUUAUAAAUGUGAAGAAUGUGGCAAAGCCUUCCGUGGGCAAACAGACCUUACUUACCAUCAGAGAAUUCACACUGGAGAGAAGCCUUAUAAAUGUGAAGAAUGUGGCAAAGCCUUCCGUGGGCAAACAAACCUUACUUAUCAUCAGAGAGUUCACACUGGAGAGAAGCCCUACAAAUGUAGAGAAUGUGGCAAAGCCUUUAGCAAGUCCUCAACCCUUACAUAUCAUCAGAGAGUUCAUACUGGAGAGAAACCUUAUAAAUGUGGCAAAUGUGGCAAAGCCUUUAGCAGGUCCUCAUCUCUUACUUCUCAUCAGAGACUUCAUACUGGAGAGAAGCCUUUUAAAUGUGCAGAUUGUGGCAAAACUUUCCGUGUAGCAUCAUCCCUUACUUAUCAUCAGAAAGUUCAUACUGGACAGAAGCCUUAUAAAUGUAAAGACUGUGGCAAAGCCUUCAGUGGGCCAACAAACCUUACUUAUCAUCAGAGAGUUCAUACUGGAGAGAAGCCCUACAAAUGUAGAGAAUGUGGCAAAGCCUUCAGUAUGCCAAGAAAUCUUACUUAUCAUCAGAGAGUUCAUACUGGAGAGAAGCCCUACAAAUGUAGAGAAUGUGGCAAAGCCUUUAGCAGGUCUUCAACCCUUACAUAUCAUCAGAGAGUUCAUACUGGAGAGAAACCUUAUAAAUGUGGCAAAUGUGGCAAAGCCUUCAGGAGGUCCUCAAGGUAUAGAGUUCAUCAGAGUAUUCAUAGUGGAGGGAAGCCUUAUAAAUGUGAAGAAUGUGGCAAAGCUUUCAGGGGGGCAACAAACCUUACUUAUCAUCAGAGAGUUCAUGCUGGAGAGAAGCCCUUUAAAUGUAGAGAAUGUGGCAAAGCCUUUAACCAGUGUUCCUGCCUUUCUGUACAGCAGUGUCCAUAGUUGAGAGAAGUGUCACAGAUGUUAGUGUUGUUAGUCCUUUACCAACUGCAAGAACUUAAUGUCACAGAAUUUUUUUUAAAAAUAUAUUUUAUUGAUUUUUCACAGAGAGGAAGGGAGAGAGAUAGAGAGUUGGAAACAUCGAUGAGAGAGAAACAUCGAUCUGCUGCCUCCUGCACAGCUCCCUACUGGGAAUGUGCCUGCAACCAAGGUAUAUGCCCCUGACUGGAAUCGAACCUGGGACCCUUCAGUCCGCAGACCAACGCUCUAUCCACUGAGCCAAACUGGUUUUGGCAAUAUCGCAGAAUUUAUACUGGGAAGAAGCCUUAUGAUUGUGAAAAAUGUGGAAAAGCCUUCAAAAGCUAUUCAUAUCUUACUGUACCUGAGAGACUUCAUACUGAAGAGAGACCUUUCAAAAAUAGAGAAUGUGCUAGCGCUUUUAUCCACUGCUCAAAACUUACUCAACAUAGAGAAUUUAUAGUGGAGAGAAGCCUUAUAAAUGUAGAGAAUGUGGCAAAGCCUUCUGUGUGGCAUUCUUACUAUGUAGAAAAUGUGAGAUAGCCUUUACUCUGGGAACUGCUGAUUGUUGGUUGGGAAAGACCCUGAUUUUUUUCCCUGCUAAUACAUUAUUACAUUUCUUUAUUUCUGCACUUAUGAGUUCUAUUGUAGGAUAUGGUUGUUGAAAAUUAUUGUUAACUGCUAUUUAUAUACUUUGUGUAGGAUAGUUUUUAAAAACUAAUGCAUCGUCUAUAUUAUGAAAGAAAACCAAUACUAAAUUAUAU